AUGCUCACGCGAUUCAGCAAGGGCUUUCUCUUUACUGUCUUUGCUUUGUUCCUACUCGGGUCGCUUGCCCUGCUACAUCCUCCGUCCCGAACAUAUGUCGACACUUGGACAGGAGAUUUCUUUGGAGAAGGCGGGAUGGUUCCUGUCAUAUCCCCGACACAAGGCUCCAAAGGUGGUGUGAUCAUGUCGAAACUGGGGAACGCUACCGCGAAGGCCGAAUUGGGUCGUGCAUCAUGGAAGCUCCUACAUACAAUGACCCUCCGAUUUCCCGAGGAGCCUACCCAAGAUGAGCGGGAUGCGCUCAACAACUACUUCCACCUUUUCUCUCGCCUAUACCCCUGUGGGGAGUGUGCAGCAGAGUUCCAGCAGCUCCUGAAGAAGUAUCCGCCACAAACUUCGACAAGGAGAGCGGCGGCAACAUGGCUGUGCUUCGUGCACAAUCAAGUGAAUGAACGAUUGAAGAAGCCCGAAUUCGACUGCGCAAACCUUGACGCGACAUAUGAUUGCGGUUGCGGCGACGAGCCUCUUAAUUCGACGACAGCUGCCUCUGCUAACGACCCCAUGGACCUCGAGCAGGAUCCUAGCAAAGACAGGCUGGGGAUGGGUCUGGUCAAGGGCGGCAGGUAGACUGAUUUCGGGCGACAUCAUCGUUCGUUCGCACAACGUGAGCCACGAGUAUCAGAGUGCUUCCUCUAUGUUUUGCUUCUUGGGGCGGGUGGCUAUCGUUAUUAAUGUAUUAGCACGGAUGCAACGGGCAGGUCUCCUCCAUGCUAGGGCAUUGCAUUCUGAGAAUUUUGCUUGUUUGAACGAUUGGUCGCCGAUUAUCUUAGCACGACUAUCUCCAGUUCGUGAAAAUGUCUAUUGGCAAGCUAACUUCCCGGACUAGGCCGUAGCGCCGCCCGCCCAGGCUGAUGUGAACUUGU